AUGUCCAGUGAAAUCGGAGACGAUGGCGAGCCACUGUUCCGGAAAGAGACGCCAUCACCGGCGGCUCUGCUGUUGGAAGUUGCUGCCGCUCGCAAGAGUAUAGAGGAGAAGAUGAACUACGGUGAUGUAGCGACAGGACUGCAGGACGCCAGGCCGCCUUCCAUGGCGGAGCAAACAGUUCAGCUAAUUGGUGUUCCUCAACACAGCAGGAAAGGGGAUCCAGAGAACAGUGAAGUCUCUGUUCCAUUAGAACGCCAAUUCGGACAAGGGAUUGGGCAUUGUACAAGCCUGCAAGAUUUAUUGAUAGGGUUCACCAACGGAACAUUAUGCAUAGUCAAUACUCAGCAAGAACAUGUAGUACAAGGGGUACCGUUAGCAGAGGGUAGUUGUUUUGAAAUGGAAAGAAAAGAUUACUACUCUAAUGCAGAAUGUGAAUUUGGAGCACUAGAGAUAUGCUUGGAAGAGGGUUAUGUAGAGAGUGAGCAGGACAAUGAGCAUGAAGAGUCAAGUGAUGGAGCUGAUUCUGCAGAUAGUGACACUGAUCAUGAUGAACCAAUUAAAGAUAAGAUUUAUCCAAAUGAGAGAUUUGGAGAGUGUUGA